AUGCGGAAGCCCAACCCGCUGCAGGACGCGAACUUCUGCUCGCGCCUGUUCUUCUGGUGGCUAAACCCCUUGUUUAAAAUUGGUCACAAACGAAGAUUAGAAGAAGAUGACAUGUACUCCGUGCUUCUGGAAGAUCGCUCCCAGCACCUUGGAGAGGAACUACAAGGGUACUGGGAUCAAGAAGUUUUGAGAGCUGAGAAAGAUGUGCGGGAGCCUUCUUUAACAAAAGCAAUCAUAAAGUGUCACUGGAAAUCCUAUUUAGUUUUGGGAAUUUUUAUACUUCUUGAGGAGGUUGAAAAGUGGCUGUUGGUGGCAAAGUUACUGCAGGCUAAAAGCAACCACUGA